GAGGGAGUAUCCAGGUGUUCCUCGGGAUGGGUAUUGUUGGGGACGCUUCAUUGUCCACUCGACACCUGUUCACGUUCUCUAUCUAUAGUGGCUGGUAUCCUGCUUAUUUACGUUCCCUGUCAGAAUAAAUCUGUACUAUAGAGGUUGGUCACAUGUUUAGUUCUCUCCGUGCGGCUGACACUUGCAGGGUUGAAUGUCAAUCCAAUAUAUGCCUUCACGCGCAUCUUGGCCCCUGCGUGUUUCCAUUUAUACCGGACUGGGUCUCUGGACCUCUCCUCUUUCCCCCUCACUCAGAGACUGUUGACAAUGACCACUGAUUUGGGAGAGACCGCGUUCCCCCAAACGGUUCAGGACGUCGAAAGUGUGUUUCUGGAUGACUCCGUCCCCAACUUUCGGAAAGCACUUCAGGAGACUCGGCACAAUGAAAUUAUCACAUUGACGAGUAUCUUUGGUACCUCUUCCAAGUUCCCUUAUUCUUUCUGGGCCCCCAUUCCUGCAUAUGGAUGGUAUUUGUGGACGACCUGGACAAAUAUCAUCUACGUUGCAGCCACCUUUGAGACUCGAUUUAUCGAUUGGUUCAGAGUGUUUACCUCCGCCAUUUUUACGUCCAUAAUUCUUGCAUUCAUUCUCCUCUGGUGUCAAUUCGCCUCUCUGCCCCCCGUACAAUGGGUCUACUGGUGGUGGUCCGAGAAGUUCAAUGGGAAUGUUGGGCUCAUAAACCUUCUUACGCCACAGCUCUUCAAGGGUCUACUCCCAGCACAAAUUGCUGCCGCCGAUGAUGGUCUUUCUCUUCUUCCUGAGGCGAUAGAACCAGCCGGAAGCACUGGCCCUUUAAUUCGCGAGUUCAACCUUGAUAUAGCCAAACUACUCCUCCAGAUUUCGGCCGUCGUAUACGAGCGAAAGAGUGAUGCUAUCUAUGACUCAGUCGAUGCAACCGCGAAGGUUCAUGGUAAUAAACCCAAGCGGACGAAAUUUGGUGCAAAUCUUCCUCAAUUCCGCCAAGCCAUUGGUUCGACCUUUGCCGACAUUAACUUCGUUCGCGAUGGCUCCAAGUUGGCGAAACUUGGAUGGAACAAGCAUCGAUGGGGUACGGAUAUUAUCGAGGACUUUUGCAAAAGGACGGGACUUUCUUAUGCGCCAGUUAGCGAAUUGAACUCUUCGACGAGUGCUUUCGCCUCUUUCUUCUGGAAGGGUGGAGGAAACUGGAUCGUUGUGGCGUUCAAAGGCACUGGUCCCAUUGACUUCCCCGAUUACGUCACUGAUCUGUCGUCACGAUUGGUGCAUGCGGAUGAGGUCCUUCCCACGUUCAGUCAGCUUCAUAAAGGGUUUAGGGACCGAAUUUGGCCUAAUAGACUGGUGACUGAUGCUGAAAUCCGAGGAAGAAAGCAAGCUUGGGAACAAAUUAGUAGGCUGCUCGUUAUACUUGCUAAAGAUCUAGUCAAGAAUCAACCCGCGGGUGACAAGAUCAACGUGUGGUUCACUGGACAUUCUCUCGGUUGUGCGUUGUCUGGUCUUGCGUAUACCCGUGCGAUCAACAAUUUCGAGGAGGACUUUGGUGAUGCUCCUAUCGUGAUUCGUGAUGCAUACGUAUUUGGCUCUCCCAUUGUCGGUAAUCGUCCUACGUCGCAACGGUUCAAUCAGGUCAUCAAACAACAAAAGGAGAUAAAGACUUUGUGGAGGAUCACGAAUCAUGACGAUCUCGUCGCUACCGGCGGUCCUCAACUCGGUGACAACCCUAACUUGGAGCUUACUUCGACGAACCCUGGUGGACUCGCUCAUAUCGGCGCAGAGAUCCGAAUGUUGGAUUACGACAAGCCCUCUCAUUUCGCUGGUACACUUUACGAUAAGGACACUAUCGUGAGGAUCGACAGUAAAUUCACCGCAGAGGAUUUGAAGGAACAGCGAGCGCAACAGCUCUUGCAGCAUCCCGACUGGGAGAAGAGGGUGGGUUGGGGUAAUUUUGUCCAGCAGAUUCCAUUGCUCGGGAGGGGCUUUGCCCAUUCAGCAGGUCUUUAUUGGAAUCAGCUGGCCGCUUUGGCUCCGAUUAACUGUGUUUGGGUGCAGGGCUGGGACCCCGUCGAUCCGUUCGACAAGCUUUAUACCGAAUCUAUCAGUGGAUGAUCUUCCUUGUCCUAGACUUUCAUGUAACCGAGAUAAGCGCUUUGUG